AAAAAUCCCGCUUCGAACCAAAAAAAAAAACACGCCCACAUCCCGCGCGACGCUUCCAUCCAGGCGCAUCCCCCAUUGGGCUUUCCACCGUCCUCGCGGAUCGCAAUCCGCGUGACUCCAACCACGAACGAAUCUCGCCUGUCCAAUCCACCCGCAAUCCAACGGCCGGAUCUCCUCCCCUCUCCUCCGAAAACAUUUUCAAAAUCCCAAAACUUUUUCCCUCUCCCGCUUCGCUCUCUUCUUCUUACUUCCUCCUUUAUAUAUCUUCCUCCUCCGCUCGCAAAAAACCACCAGAUUCAACCCGCUUUCUCUCUCAAUUUUCCCGAGAAAAUUCAAUACCCAGAGAAAAUGGAAGAAGGAAAACUUGCUGAUCGGCAUGGCCCGCACAAAGCAGACGGCCCGGAAGUCCACCGGCGGCAAGGCCUCGCGAAAGCAUCUGGCCACCAAGGUGGCCCGGAAGUCGGUCCUAGUGACCGGCGGGGUGAAGAAGCCGCACAGGUUCAGGCCCGGGACGGUGGCGGUGAGGGAGAUACGGAAGUACCAGAAGAGCACGGAGCUGCUGAUCCGGAAGCUACCCUUCCAGCGGCUGGUGCGGGAGAUCGCCCAGGACUUCAAGACCGACCUUCGGUUCCAGAGCAGCGCCGUCGCUGCCCUCCAGGAGGCGGCGGAGGCGUACCUCGUCGGGCUGUUCGAGGACACUAACCUGUACGCCAUCCACGUCAAGCGGGUCACGAUCAUAGCCAAGGACAUCCAGCUCGCCAGGAGGAUCCGGGGAGAGAGGGCUUAGUUAUAAAGGGGAAAGGGUUUAGAUCUUUGUCAUGUUGGAGGGUGUUUGGUUGUAGGCUUGAUUAUGGAGACUUUGAAUCGUUGUUAUGUAGAUGUACAUCUUUGGGCAUUAAUGGAAUGUGGGUUUGCUUCGCUUUCUUUGACUUUCUUGCAAAUUUUGGUGCUUUUCAGUAUUCAUGGGUUUGAUCAUGUGAAUUGAUGUUCUUGGAAAACAAAUUUAGCGAUGAAUUUUGUCACGAACAAUUAGGGAUGAAUAAU